UCUAUUAUUUUUGUGGUUGAUGUAUUAGUUAAUGUCUGAAAUGUUCGUUUUUUGGGACGCCACUGUUAUUUAAGUGAUUUACGUUAAGUUAAAAAUAAAACGUCUGUGUAGGACCGAAUUAUUAUUAGUAACGUUAGUUGUAUUUACGUUACUGGUUAAGUGGCGUUAAAAAACUUUAUUUCGGUUCGUAAUGUCGUAACCAGUCAAUUCUAACAAUUAAAUCAGAGAUAGGUUGUUUAUUGCUGCAGACCAUUUCUUCAUUUAAAUUGACUGAUGGCAUAAGUGCAUGUUAUGUUCAGUCCUGCUGUCUUGCAUUCAGUAGCCUCAGAUGGUCAGCUGCAGUUCAUCAUAAGUCAUUAUUAAAAUAAACAAACGCUGGAGCUCGGGUCAUGUCCUCCGAUCACUCCGCGUCACUGGCCGGUACUCACGGCCUCCUCCGCGGCCAGCGCACCCGGUCCUACGGUAGCCUCGUGUCCUCUUCAUUAUCACCCGUUAGACAAAGGCGAAUUAAACAUAAAGUCCAGCCCGGUGAUACUUUGCAAGGACUGUCAUUGAAAUAUGGCGUGUCUAUGGAGCAAAUAAAAAGGGCAAACAGACUGUACACAAAUGAUUCAAUAUUCCUGAAGGAGUCCCUCUUCAUCCCCGUCUUGACAGAGUCUGUGUCAUUCACAAAUGGAGUGGAGUUGACCGAAGAUGAGACAAGUCCAGCACAGAUACACACAGAGAUUUCUAAUGAGAUCCCCAAAAGCCAAACAGACUCUAGAUGUGAAGCGAAUGCUGAUCUGUCACCAGUGGAGUACCUGAAAAAGAUAGACGGCUUGAUCAAUCAGUCCAAACAAGCAGCUGUGAAGACCUGCCACGAGGGAGAGAAACAGUUUUCAUCUAUGGAGCAGCUCCAUCACAGCAAUCUGACAUCUGACAGAGCAUCCUCCCAGCAUGCCGUUUUGGGAGCUGUUCCCAUUACAAUCACCAGACGGACCAGGAAUCUGAGGGAUAGGGAGGAUGAGAUCUUCCAGCUCUGAUCCAUUUGCCUCUUCUUCUUCUGUGAGUUUGGCACCCAAUAGAUCUCCUGUCUUCAUUCCCCUGCUCAAAGAAAGCAAGCCAGAGAAAACACAUAAUGAAGUGGAAAGAUAAAGAGCGAGAAGAAGAAAGAUAAAGAUCAAAGUUGACAACAGAAAAAGAAAAAACGCAGCUAGAUAAAGGAAUCGGAACAUUUGAAGGGAGUCGUCAAAGUUGGAUCUCUCUUCGUCAGUGCAUUUUGGUUGUGUGGUAAAUGCUCUGGUCUGCAGCCAAGCACGCUGGGUCAAUGAUGCUCCUAAUCUGGAUUCAGGCACACAUUACUGCGGUCUUGGAGGAAUCUGGACCCCACUCAUCAUUUGAGAGGCUCUUCUCAGCUGAUCUCUCCUCCAGGCAAGGAGCAUUAAUGCGAUGUGGAGGCCUCUAAUUUCCCUGUUCACAGCUGGCCUACACUUCACCCUUUGGGCCUUAUAAUGCACCCGGCGCAAUGCGACGCAAAGCGCAGUGCAAGUGUGUUGGCUAGUUUCAGUCCGGCGCCGUUUGCAUUUUUCCGUCCAGCGUCACGUCGUUUAAUUAGCAAAUGCAUUUGCACUCAUCUCUGUGCCCAUGGGCGUGCUGGUCUAAAAAAAAAAAGAGGUUUGUUCAGUUCUGUCUUUGCGUUUGCCAAAUUCUGCCGUGUAAAUAGCAAAUCCGUCAUUGCUCGAGUGCAACUGGUUUUUAAAGGGAAUGGAAUAUUAGACUCUGAUUGGUUUAUUGCAUGUUACGCCCCAAAAAAAAACAUUAAGAGAAUAGGAACAACCUGUUUCGACCCUGCGCCCGGGGGUAUACCAACCGUUUUUUCCGUCGUUAAAAUAGCAAAAGUGGAUUUUGACACUCCUUGAGUGCACCUGAGCCGUGCACUUUACACUUUAAAUAAUUGUGGAUGCUCUUUCACAAUUUCACACUUACCUUUAAUAAACUGAGUAAAGGGUUCUGCGUAUUUGGAAUGCUUAGUUUUGAUAUCUUAUGUUAAUUUUUAUAUCACUUUUUAAGUAAAUUUAUCUUGAUUACGAAUAUUUGUACUGAAAUACAAGACAAAAAUUCAGAGUAAGAAAAAUUUUUUUUAUUGCAAAAUAUCUAAACAUUCCUAGAACAAGAUGUAUUCACUGUAGAACUAAAAUUGCAUUAUAUAUAAAUAAAUAUAAAAAUAAAUUACCCCAUUUUUUCUUGUUUUAAGCCUAAAUCUAAUAAGUAUAAGAAUCUGGCAAAGUUUGUGCUUAAAAGAAGAAAUAAAAAUGGUUAAGACAAAUAAACAGUUUAAGAUAUGAAUCUUAAUAUCUUAUGCAAAUUUUCUUCUCAAGUCUUUAAAGGAUUAAAUCAUGCUUUGAUUUUUUUUUUAGACAGAUGCUAAUUAAAAGAAUGAUUAUAAAAUCUAAGAUUAUUGUAAUGUCUGAUUUAGAUGUCGAAUGAUGUGUGUGAUUUGAAUGAACAUUUUAUGUAAUUUGUACCACAGUGUAUAGUGCUGAAUCAAACUGUUCUGUUUGCAUAUUUGGGAAGAAAUCACAGUAUGUUCCUGGGAGAAGUUAUGUGUGAAAGCACCCUGAUGUUCUUGUGGAUAUUGAGUCUUCAAAAACUAAACUCAAAUGAAAAUUGAAUGAGCAGAUGAUGGGUAGAGAAUUCUCUACUCAAAUCGCUAAUUCUGAACUACUUUAAAUCAUCCUGUACUUAAGGUUGUUUUAUGCAGUUGUGUAUGUAACAAAAUAAUAAUAGUUACAGUAUAGCCUAAGUAUUUUUGGGAGAAUCUGUAGGCCUACUUUCCUUGAGUUUUUAUAUUUCUGUCAACUUUCACUUUUACUCCACUACAUUUUCCUAAUUGAAAUGUAGACUCUUAAAAAAAGGCAUUUGCUAAUGUGUAAACAAGUGUUUGCACAAACGCGGGUUUCAUUUUCCAAUUAAUUCGAGGCUGGAUAUUUUACAUUGUCAAUAUAGUAUAGUGUUAGACCUAUCUAGUAUAUCACAAAAACACAAAGUGCACUCACACUCCUCAAGAUUUGGUCUAUUAAAAUGCAUUUAGAAUCAUAAAAAUUAAAUGCAUCUGUAUUUCUUUUAUAUUUAUAUAAUUAUAUAUAUAUAUAAUUUAUUUAUAUCACACGAAGAGUGCCGUAUUUUCUUACAUAAUAAAUGUAAUAUUGAUUUUAUACAUAUAAGUUUAAUAAAGCUAGCAUUCACUGACUUUCAUUUUAAACACAAUAUUAACUAUUUUUGAUUAAUUUUGCCAACAAAAAAUGUUCCAAACAAAGAUCACAGCACUGUUUUUCCUCUUGGCAGCAACAGGAUGGCGUUUCCUUAUUGAAUGAAUUAACUUUGUGAAUGAAUCAGUUGAAUUAAUGAUUCAAUGACUCACUCAUAACACAUAGCAUUAACACGUUCCUGAUUUGAUCAGCUAUUCAAAUGAAUCAGUUGGCUGCCAACUGGUGGGUUUGAUUUCACAUUUCAUUUGUGUGUGUGUGUGUGUGUGUUUCAAAUAAUUUCAAAUUUGAAUAUGCAACAUUUUAUGUGUAAAACAAAGAAUUGU